AUGAUUGGUCAAACUGUGCUGUGUUAUUGCUGCAUUAUAAAUAGAGCUAUACGGAACAUCGAUCGAUGGGUGACAGGCAGCAAUAGCACUACUCUACUGCUACUAGUUUGUUCCUCCAUAUCCAUCUCACAAGAGGUUUUGACCGAUCGAGAUUCAUAUAGAAAUAUGGCUAGGACCGUGCUAGAUGGUGAGCUGUCGGUGCGCCGGGGCACGGCAUCGCUGUUGGCGCCGGCGCGGCUAACGCCGCGGGAGAGCAAGCCGCUGUCGGACAUCGACGACCAGGCGGUGUUGCGGUGCUACACCACAAUGAUCCACCUCUACCGAGGCCACCCUUCCAAGCGAUUCAUUGACCCGGCGGCGGCGGUGCGAGCCGCGCUGGCGGAGGCGCUGGUGCAUUACUACCCGCUGGCCGGCCGGCUGCGCGCGGAAGCAGGCGGGAAGCUGCUUGUGGACUGCGCCGGGCAGGGCAUCGUGUUCGCGGAGGCGGACGCCAACAUCGCCGUCGACGAUCUCGGUGACGUGCGGUACCCGCCGUUCCCGCGCUCCGAGAAGUUCAUCUACGACGAUCAUGUCUACAGAGCGCCCCCGGCCGGCGUGCCGCUAUCCUUGCCCGCAAUCAUCGACAAGCCCUUGAUGUUUGUCCAGGUGACUCGCCUCAAGUGCGGAGGCUUCACCGUGUCCCAGCAGAACGCUCACUGCAUCUGCGACGGCCCCGGCUUGGCGCAGUUCUGGAAGGCAGUAGGAGAGCUCGCUCGCGGCGCCGGCACGCCGUCCGUGCCGCCGGUCUGGGCCAGGGAGAUCAUCAACGCGCGGCUGCCACCUCGCCCUUCCUUCGCUCACCACGAGUACCGGGAGCCAGCAGACGGGCGCGACCGGUUCGAGUCCACGCCACCGGACGACAUGGCGCGCGUCCAGUUCUCCUUCGGGCCCGACGCUAUCGCCGCGCUGCGUGGUCGGCUGGCGCCGGGAGCUGCAUCGGCGUCCCAGUUGGACCUGGUGGUGGCCUGUGUGUGGAGAAGCCGCACGGCGGCGCUCGGUUACGAGCCCGGGGACGAGGUGCGGCUGAUGAUGGCCGUGAACGCGCGCGGCCGGCGCACGGACGCGUUCGGCGGCGAAAUACCCUCCGGCUACUACGGCAACGCGUUCGUCUUCGUGGUGGCGCGCUGCGCCGCCGGGGAGCUGUGCGGCCGUGGCCUGGGCUACGCGGUGGAGCUGAUCAGGGAGGCCAAGGCGAGGGUGACGUACGAGUACAUGCGGUCGGUGGCUGACCUGAUGGUGCUGGAGGGCCGUCCCGUGAUCGCGAGGACGCGCUCCUUCGGCGUGUCGGACGUGAGCCAUGCCGGAUUCGACGAGGCCGAGUUCGGGUGGGGAAAGCCCGUCUACGCCGGCGUCAUCGCGGACGCCCACCGCGGCGGCGCCAGCUUCCUGAUGCGGGGCAAGAACGACGGGGGAGAGGACGAGACGUUCGUCGGCAUCUACCUCCCGGGAGGCUGCACGGCAAGGUAUCGGAUGGAGGUGGAGGCACUCACCACCGCAAAGAAUUUGGAAGAAGCGUCUUCAGCUCCGCUUGCCUUGCGUGCCCGCUACUAA